GAAAUCUGCCGAGCCAACAAAACAGCACGUUGUACUGUAGUAAGGUGACAAUGCAACGCGCGAGUGACCAAUUUUGACCAUAAAGGGCAUUUUCAAGCUUUGUACAGCCCUCUGAUCUGCCUUGACACUGAGUGAUAGACCUUUUGAAAUUUCAAGCCUUGAUGCCGCCGAGCUGUUAGUGGCCAGACGCAACAAUAAAUUCACUGAACAAUGGAAGAAAUGGAUUUACUCCACCUUAUUUGUCCUUCGCUUAUCAAGGUUGCUCAUUUAUUUCUUGAUAAAUGGCUAAACGUGAGUGAUCAUGCGUGUCUUGGCACGGAUUUGGUUGUAUGGUUGAUUGCACGUGAAUAAACUUGGCUUGUAAAGUUGAAGUAGGCCAUUAGGUGAAUCAGUCACAUGGAAAAGAAAGUUUGGGGGCAAUAUUUCUGCUUAUAUUCCUUGAUUGGGUAUAGGUUACUUGCUCAUGAUAACGUGUGGGGUAAUGCCAUAUCAUAACCUUUUUGGGAAAGGAUUUAGUUUGACAAGGACUGCUGAAAUUUGAUGGAAUACAAAGAUGGACCCAGAAAUUAUCGAGCGACUUCGCCUGAGCAGCGGGCUGGGUGGCAAGCGAGGUUCUUCUGGGGGCUUGUUCCAGCAGAAGAGGGACCGUAUCAGUCUGUUGACUGACCCCCAGGUGGUUGCCCAUCUGAACCGACUAAACGAGGCAUUCCUAAAUGAAGCAAGGGAACCAUGUCUACGGGAUGCUGGAGAGGAUUUGAUUCUAGCAGAGAAGUGUAGAGAAAGGGAGAGACUGGAGCAGAGGAUCACUGCCUACAACCAGGGCAAAUGUGGGCAAGCCUUCAUGGUCACAAUGACACAGGGGAUGAACUUUGAAGGUGCAUUGAGAUUCUACUACAAUGAUGGUAGUAAGAUGACGGCUAAAGCAAUCUGGCUGGGCAGCUGUAUGACGGUGCAAGAACUGAUACCAAGCAUUCGGGAGAAAUUCAACAUCUUAGACAAUGGUCGCUGGAGGACUGUCAUCUACCAAGUUCAGAAUCAAGAUGAAAUUCGUCUGGCAGGUGAAGAGCGCCCUCUAGAUAUCGCUGUCAACUCUAAGCGCAACGUGAGAUUUGUCCUCAAGAUGGAGCCUCUUCAAUUGGACAACCAACUUGCCCCUCAGCCUGUCUCAAAUAAUUCUAACAGUGCUGCUGCCCAGCGCAAAUCCCUGUCGCAAUUCUUUGGUGUCGAGAGCGCCGACUUGGCUGUGCCGUAUUAUGCAGGUUCAACUGCUACAAGUCCGACUACUAAACCCAAGUUUGGCUCAUUAUCACCAAAAUUCAACAAGAAACAGAACUCGGUUGACACUGCAAGCCUCAGCAGCAACGGCAGUACCAAGAGCAGCAACCAGUUGUCCGUCAGUUACGCCAAGCGGUCCAAAAGUAUAGGCAACAUUGGAAAUGGCGGCUUGUUGCUCAAGACCGACACGCCAAACUUCAUCAGGAAGUUUCAAUCCAGUGAGGGACCCCUGAGAAGCUUCAUCAAGAAAGACAAAGGAAAUCCAGGGAAGGUGUCAUCAAAAGGAUCGGGACUGGGUCCUCGACGAAGGUCCCGGGCAAAGUCCCUGUCCGGCAUGUUUGAGAGGGGUCUGACCCUCCUUAAAAAAGACGAGGCUUCAACUCCAGUAAAGGAAGUGGCCUCUGAGGAUUCGGCUCCGGGCUUGCUGAAGAUCUUUGGCGAUAAGAUCUGCCCAAACGCAACCUAUAAGAGUGUCUUGGCAUCUGCGCAAUCAUCGGCAGUUGCUCUAGUCAAGGUGGUGCUGGAGCGUUACUCGCUUUGCGUCAAUACAUUUGAGGAUUACGUUCUUUGUGACGUCAUCGGUUACUACAAGGCUAACCCGGAGAAGGCAUCCCGGAUUUUAGGGAUCUCUGAAGACUUUGAGGAAAAACAGGAAUGGAUCACAGAGUGCAUGAGGGUCCUUGGGGAUGACGAUAGACCACUCGCCGUCAAGUCCUACUGGAAACCAGAGGUUGGCUUUGCCAGGAGGUUCGAGAUCAGACGCCGCGCUGAUAUCUCUGUUCCAGACACGGACACAAUAACCCACGGCAUAAACCUGAACGCAAAGAGGCUGCAGAUGACCAGAGCCAAUCGGGCAUUAACAGAUGCAUCCCUGGCGAGCUUUCCAGAAGACCAAGACAGGAUGUCAGAGGACUUGUCAUCUUCCUCUGAGCAGGAAAUCAUGUCAGAGGAGCCACAAAGACAGCUUUCCCAGAGCCAGUCAGAGAAAGAGGAAACCGAAGGCAGUAAUGAGCAGCUGCCUCUUUGCAGCCUUCUCCCCCCGCAGGACUUCCCAUACCUGCUGACCCUCCACGGUGACAGCCCGGAAUCUGAUCAGAUACUCUACCUCCUGGAUAGCAUCUCCUGCCUGAUUGGGCACACACCUGAUGCAAAGGCAGACGUGGAGCUGGAUUCCUGCGACGUUAACCAAGAGCACUGCAGAAUCCUGACACAGUACAAUUCAAAUGACGAUAAUGCAAACCACAAUCCCUUUGACAUGUCACUGGAACCGGUCGAAGACUCCAAAGUCUUCAUAAACGGCACCGCAGUUUCACAAAGAACCAAAGUUAACACCGGGGACCUUAUUGGAAUCGGUGACCAUUAUCUGUUCCUCUUGAAAAAUCCACUCGCCCAGCUGACGGCCGAGUCGCCACUGACGAGACUCUUAUCCCUUGCCAACCAAUCAGAUUCCUGGACUCAUCUAACCAACCUUCCGAAUCCAGAGAUGGUUUCCCAGCCAAAGUAUGCGAGUCCACGUAUUGCAUCCAAGGCUCAGGAGUACUCAGCCGACAAGCGGAGACUCAAGUUGUCCUACGCGAUGAGACACGAGGAUGAGUUGCUGAGAUGGAUCGCAUCGCUGCUUGCUUCAGGAUCCCCCAAGAUUGAUGGUAGUGAUGAGUUUGUUCUCUCCCUGGCCUACCUGACCUGUAUGUGUGUGGAGCACUCGGCUUACAAUUUCCACCAGGAGAGGACCAAACGACUGAUGAUGAAAGUGGCUUCAUUGAUUCAAGCUUUGGCUUGGGACAAGACUAAAGAAAUGGCAAGGACUCAACCAGAAAAACCAAGUGAUGUCCAGUCAGCCAUGGAAGCACUCCUCCCCGACCUCCAGCUCAUUGUCUGCUUACUGACCAACGCUCUGGAGAUCCUCAACUUCCUACAGUCCAGCAUGGGUGACUAUGUGGCCAUGAGCCAGGGUACCAGACCAAACACUGAUGGGGAUGAGGUUGAAAGCAGCUUGGGGAUAGAGGACGAGGCCUUAGUUGAGUUGGAGGAGGUUGUGAUGUACACGUUUCAGCAGACGGUCUACUACUUGACCAAGACUUUGUACAUCUCCAUCCCAAACUUCCUUGACACGAAUCCAUUUGCUGAUGAUGGGGACGAUGAUGACGUCAAGACCAAAGGUAUGGACAGCGUCCUGAUGGUGUUCCAAAUGACCUUUGACCUGAUGCGUGACCUGGGGGUGCACCCGGAGAUCACAUCACAGCUCUUUGCGUAUCUCUUGUUCUUCACUAAUGCUUCCCUGUUCAACAUGCUUGUGGAGAGAGGUGCGGAUGGCAAGUUCUACAAGUGGUCCAAGGGAGCGCAGAUUCGGGGCAACCUGGAUGUGCUAGAAGCUUGGGUACAAGACCACGGCCUACAGGACCAAUCCAAAUUCCUGACCAGGGUUUCCAUGGCAAUUGACUUACUGGCCACACCCAAAGUGCAGCUCAUACAGGCCAACUGGAGCUCGCUUCAGUCCGAUUUCUCCGAGCUCAACACCGUUCAGCUUCACCACUUCCUGAGCCAGUACCAGCUGGCUACUAAUCAGUCACGUCCAACACAUUGGCACCCCCCUGCUGAGGAAAUGAAAUCUGCCACUGACACAGAAAACCUCCUUGAACCAUUUGACAAUCACCCGGCCCUUGCGCUGCCUAACCAUGGCUUUGAAUUGGAUCUGCAGCAACCAAUCACCAGCCAGCAUUUUAUAAACCAAUUGCAGGAGUUGAAGAGGCGUUUCCUGUACAUCACCUUCAGCACGGGAAGUGAAGAUAAAACAGACAGCAGCAGCCUCACUGCGAGUCAGUCCUCAUCUGAGAUGCCAAACCUUGGGAAUAAGUCGCCAUCCAGCCCAGGCAGUGGGGACAUCAGUUUUCCUGUCCCGCCUCCCCGGCCCCGCACCAAACCCAACAGGUACCCCCAGUCAGACUCAGACAAGGAGACCGCUACUGCCAUGGAAGUGUUAAAGCGCCCUCUAGAGAUAGUACCAGCCGCCCCCGUUUCCGUAGCCAACACGGUGAAGUUACCACCCUCAGAAGGGAGCUCUCUCUCAAAGAACGAGAAAAUGAGCCCCCGCGUGUUCACAAAUAAGCCACUCUUCACGAACAAGAUGAUGAACGCGGUGUCAAAAUUGGAGAGUCGUGUCAAAGACGAUGACAAAACCAACAUGACGAGUUCGAACUCGGAGCCAAAAGACUGCCAUCCAAGUUCUGAAAUUGAGUGCGUGGAUAGCGUUACAAGUCCUGCCAUCAUCCCAGCUAUUGUGACCACAGAGCCGUUGGAGAGUUCAGCCCCAGAAUCUAUGAACCCAUCGCAAGAUGGUGGAACUGCCAUCAAGGAACAGCAGAGGGAAGAAGCCAGAAAAUGUUCAGAUGGCCAUUCGGAGGAGUUUAAGGAGCCCAAGAAGCCUUGCCCGACUCUCACAUCUUCAUCGUCAACAUCCUCUGUCUCCUCUGCAUGCUCAAUCGCAUCAUCUGUCUUAGCCAUGGAGACAGGGAAGACACAGAAGAGAAAAGACUCGGAGGAGGAGGUCUUUGUAGUGGACUUGGAGAAGGGAGAGGAGGGGGUGGGGCUUGGACUCAUUGAUGGGAUGCACACCUCAUUGCGGUCCCAAGGCAUCUAUGUCCGCAAACUGGUACCUGGCGGCUCGGCAGUGAAGGAUGGCAGGUUGAUAGUUGGGGACCGCAUUUUGGCUGUGAACGGCACCAGUCUGGUGGGUGCCGAUUACAACUGUGCCAUGCAACUGAUCAGGACAUCUGGCAAGAAACUGCGCUUUCUGGUGGCCAAGUCAGAACCGUCUGUGGCUCUGAAGAUAACUGCUGCUACCUGCUGAUAGCUUGACUGGUGAAAAACACUUGGUCUACGUACCUAUAUAGCCUAACAGCAGUUUCAUCACCAUUUUCACAAACUGAAAUGCACGCACUGUGCGCGCGCACUUCGUGAGAACCGUGUAAUCAAUAAUUUUAGGUUUCACGAACUGACACGCAAGCAUGUGGCGGAGUUAUGAUUUGGAGAAAAACACUUUGACAUGAAUUUAAUCUGUCCAUAUACUUGUGGGGUUACAGAAACAUGUAAUUUAGUAUCUUUUAAAUUAAAAAAAUCUUUGAAAUUAAGAUGGGUUUAGUUCAUGAAAAUGAAAUGUACGAAGUGCACGCAUGCGAUAUUUGGGUAUCAGUUCAUUAAAACCAAAAUUAUGCGGUAUUGUAAAGUAUAUAUGCACACGUGCCGAGCACUCGCACACCACCGAGUGUCAGUUCGUGGUGUUGGUUGUUGUUUCAGCUCUAACAUUAUUUGUCGCAAAAUGUGCAAAAUUAUGCACUGCAUAUGUUUUGUACAAUGGUUUUUAAUUUGUUGUACCACUUACGCAAUAUAUCUACAUCAUUUUCAGUGGCGUAGCACGGUCAUUUUGAUUGGGGGGGGGGUAAAAUGUAGACA